UGAAUGAUUCUCAGUUUCCAUAGCAACGAACUAUGGCAUAUGUGACCAUUUGAAUUUUUUUGUUUACACUUCUCUUGGGAAAUUAAAUUUAAUUUUAUUAAAAAUAAAAAUGGAAAUAAAUCCUACAGAAACAAAUUUGGCUGAGGAAUUACCUACUAACUGCGAUGACAACGAAAAAUCUGCAAAAUGUUCUUUACAUACAAAGAAAAUUGCCUUCAAAUUAAAGGAAAAUAAUGGUAAUAUAUUAACAAUACAUCAUACGGUCAGGGAGAACGACAAAAUGUUGCGUAUUGUAAUAAGCGUAGCUUGCUUUGAUAUGCGUGGCCUACAGCUUGUAGCCGUGGACAGGAGAGGAACGAUUUUUGUGUUCGAUUUGGUGGCAAGACGUUACUGGCGACAUGCAGACAUCCUAGCCAAACCGAGUGCCAUUACAGCAUCGUAUAAGGAACAUAACCAGUACAUUGUGGGUAAUAAAGAAGGCUUUAUUGUACUCUUGGAUGUGGACAAAACACAGUUUUUACAUAAAAAUAAAAUAUCCAAUGAUGUCAUUAACGAAAUAACUUUCCCUGGACAACCUUUAGAACCCAAAUGCUUAAUGCUUAUACGGGCCGGGCGUUCAGCAAUAAUAAUGGAUUUUCAAAAAUUUACUUGCACCCAUCGCUUGGAUUUCGACAAGCUGCAAAUGUCACUGAAAUAUGCCUCAUAUCUGCCACAAUCGGAAAAUAUAUUGACUUGCUUCACAAAUGAUAGCAUUCACAUUUGGUCGGGAGUUUCGUUGGAAGUGAUACGAGUCAUAUAUCCAAUACGGCUGAGGGACAAAAAACUUCAAACCGAAGAAGCCUUGCCGGAACUUACAUUAGACUAUGACAAAACUGGAGAACAGUGUGCAAACAUAAAUACGGGCCAUGGUUUAAUUGCCGCAUAUGCUUAUCGAAUGGAUGGUUCGAUAUUUGCCCUAUCAACAUGGGAUAAAUUUUUGCUCUUUCUCAGUCCAUAUACCUUUGAGCUAACUUCUUUGGUAAAUUGUAAGAACUUCGUGUUGUUACACUUGUCUUUGUUGACAAAACCAAAUGAUCAGUUUUUAAUUGGUUUGACCAAUAGGGGAUCCGUUGUUAUGUUUGAUUGCAUAAACACAGAAUAUAAACUAAUCAUAGACAUUGGCCCAGCAAGAUCUAUAAAACCUUCUUUAGAUAAUAAAUAUCUGACAAUAGGCCGUUCGUCUGGGGAACUGGCUCUAUGGUCCAUUUGCCAUCUUUUAUCUGUGCUAAAGUCACAGCAAGAAUGUAUGACCAUCCUUAGAACGGCUUUUAAGCAAACAAAACCUUUUAAGUUACCAUCAACUGAAUUGGAUGGCAAAUUCCAGGAUGAAAUAAAAAAGCUUUUAACACCGCAUCGUUUGCAGCAAAUUUUACAAGAAUUUCAUUGCUACCCGGCAAAAUAUAGAAGCUUGAUUUGGUGUUCAUUGCUGGUGUUACCUCACAAUAAAGUGCAAUAUAGUGACUUGGUACAAAUGGGCACCCCACCAACCAUAGCCCGGAGAUGUCGAAGCAUAAACAUGAAAAAUGAUACCCUGAAACGGGCACUGAUCAAGUGUUGGUCAAGUCUUAGUCAGUGGUGUAAAGUCUUGGCCCAUAGCGAAAUAUUGCCCGAUUUAAUAUUUCCGUUUGUAAAAAUCUUUCAACAAAAUCAUCUUGUGGCAUUUGAAGUUUGUAUGACUGUAAUCACCAAUCAGUUUCAAUUAUUUUUUGAAUACCAUCCACUGGAACCUUCCAGUUAUCUGGGAUUAUGUGCCAAUAUUUUACAACACUACGAUAAAAUGUUGUUUGAUUACUUCGUUGCCAAAGAUGUUACACCCACAAUAUAUGCUUGGAAUCUUUUGAAAAAUUCCUUUAGUGAAGUCCUGGAUGAGGAACAGUGGAUGUGUUUGUGGGAUAACAUACUUUCGGGCCCGACAUAUUAUCUUAUAUUUGUUGUUGUGGCCUAUAACAUUAUGCAAAAAGAAAUUCUAUUACGUCUCCCAGAUAAGUUUAUCAUUGAAAGAUUCUACCAUGAUCAAAAUCCAGUAGAUGUGCGUAAAUUGAUACUGAAAACUCAAAAACUAUUAGACAAAUGUCCCGGUCAUUUACAUCCCAAAAGAUAUAUGUCAAACUUCCAACCCAUACCACAAAAAGUUUAUCCAAAAUUCCUUAAUUAUCCCAAUGAAUGCUUAAAAAAAUAUGAAGAUAAAGUUUUAGAUUUACAAUCAGUUAACACGGCAAUUGAUACUCGUAUGCGUGAUUUAGAAUUGGAAGAGUUGGAAAUAAUGAAACGUUUGGAAGAUGGAUUACGAAAAGAGGAGCAUACAAAACGUCUCAAAGAGGUGGAAAAGUAUUAUCAAGAUACUUUGAGACGUGAGGAGGAACGCAUCAAUUGUCAACGUAAAAUGCUGUUAUUGUAUCGUAAAGAGUUGCGCCAUAAAAAAGCUGAAGUUGCAGCCGCCCUACAAGAAGCUGAGCAGCGAAAGGGUAUAUUCGUAAAAGAACAUGAACUCCAUUCUUUGCAGUAUUAUAUUGAACAAGAGCGCAUGUGCAAUGAUAUUAAUUUAAUGUGGGCUGAGGAGGAACUUCAAAACCAGGAUCUGGAACUGCUGGCUCAGAAAUCCAUGGAGCAACAUUCGACGCCUUCUUUGACCAUAACAUAUUAUGAUGAUAUAUGCAAAUUACAGCAUGAACAGAAGCGCCUAAACAACGACAUUAGAAAGAUUGUCAGUCCUCAAUUAGCCACGAGAGAUUACAAAAACAAAACACAACGAACAAAAAAACCUAUAAAGAGUCACAGCGACUUUGAAGCAGAAUUGGAAAAAUGCCAAAUGGAAUUUUUAUCUUUGACUGGACCCUAACAAUAAGCACUAAGAACAACAACAAACGAACAAAUAAAUAUCUUCGCUACAUGAAAUAAAACACACAUGACAAGUUUCCAUUAAGGAUAUUCAAUUUGGUGGCGACUAAAGCA